CCAUCAUCUAUCAUAUCAAAGGACACUCUUUUAGAUUUGGACGUUAUGUCCAUCGUACGGGCCGGCUUCCGGAUCAGUAAAGGAACAAAGUUGAUCAUAGAGCAUAAUUUGAGAAGGUCAUCUACGGUUCAGCCAGUCAAUUCACCAUUCCUUGCAGGACAAAGAGUGGCGGGAUGUGCACAUUAUUCUUCUCGUUUACCUGGCUCUAGACCUUCUAGAUUGGCACCAAGAAGGGUGGCAAGAGUGAGGAGUGCUCCAUCACAAGAACAUGCCGAAGUAGACCAUAGGCAGCCGCUACCUACUGCGCAGGAAGGAGGAGCAAAUACACCAAGCAAUUCUGCAGGUCAUAACCAAGGACAGGCUCCCCAACCUUCUUCAUCACUCGCUGAUCUGAGUCAAGGCAAGAGUGAUACACAGUUAAGGAACUUGCCUGCGCUCACUCAUUCUACCGUCCCGGUCCCGCUUGCAAAAGAUGGAGAAAGAGGAGUGAUCGAUCAAGAUGCUGCCUUGCGUCAAAGUGUUGAAUCAAUUUUAGGGCAACCAACAUUGGUGGUUACACGAGAGAUUGAGAUGUUGAAUGUGUUUUUGGGUUAUGAACAAGCGAACAAGUAUUCAAUCUUGACGCCAGAAGGCUAUCAGGUUGGCUAUCUUGCCGAAUCAGAAAAAGGCUUGCUUGGUGGAACUUUGAAGAGACAAUUCUUGCGAACUCAUCGAUCGUUUGAAGCGCACAUCAUGGACACUACUGGACGAGUGGUAUUGACGAUCAGAAGACCAACAACGCUGAUCAAUUCAAAAAUCAAAGUGCUCGUCCCGCAUCCAUCUACUGGAGAAGAGAGACUCGUGGGAGAAGUACAUCAGAUCUGGCAUCCGUACAAAAGAAAGUAUGAAUUAUUUGUCAACCAAGGUGAUCAGCUCAGUGAAGAUGGAUCAAACGAAUCAAUGGUUCAAUUUGCCGGAAUCGAUGGUGGCUUCCUUGCAUGGGAUUUCAUGUUGACUGAUGAACACAAUAGACCAUUAGGCGCGAUUACUAGAAAUUUCAGAGGAUUUGGACGUGAACUUUUCACCGAUACAGGACAAUACAUUUUAACAUUUGAUCCUACACAAAAUCAAGACAUGAACAAUGAUGGUCCUUUAGACUCUCCAAGACUAUCACAAUCUCCUCAAUCAUCAUUACCUCCACCAUCAUCAUCUGAGAAAGAACAAAGUUCACUUACCGAGACUGCGACUGGAAAAGAAUUGAUAACAAGUGGUCCUUCACGCGCAUUGACGAUGGACGAAAGGGCAGUCGCACUUGCUACAGCUAUUUCAGCAGAUUUUGAUUAUUUCUCUAGACAUUCUGAUCAUCAAACUUCAAUGUUCCCGCCCUUCUUCAUGAUGGGCGGCGGCGGCGGCGGUGGUGGAGAAGCACCAAACCCUAACACCACUCAAGAGCCUACAACGCAAAAUCAAGAUUCUUCAGACGUUCAAGCUCCUCCGCCUGCGCCUGGCAGUGAUGGUGAUGUUGGACCUGCUGCUGGUACGGGAGCAGGCUAUGACAUCUUGACGGGAGAACGACAAAAUCCUACACCAACACAGCAAGACGGAGGAGGUGGUACAACUCCUUGGUGGGAAGAGGAUACCCCAGCAUCAAAUCAAAGCGAUGGAGAUUUUGGUACGGGUCAAGAGGAAGUUUGGAACGAUUCAGAUCCAUGGCAGUCAGAUGAUGGCUUUGGCAGCGGUGGUGGAGAUGGGUGGGGAUGGACAGAUUGGCUGCCAGGAGGUGACUAGAAAGGCAGCUAUCAUAAAGCAACAUGUACCAUAUACCCUUAUACCCUCACUGCUCAUUAGGAAUGCAUUCAGAUGGAAAAAUAUUGGCAAUUGCAUUUUGGUAUUGUACAUUGAUUUGGCAAUUUUAGCAUUUAAGCGCCCGAUCGACGUUCACGUCUUCGACGAUCUCUAUCACGACUGUUCGGUUGGCGAUCACGUCUGAGAUUACCACUGGAAGCAGAACGUGUUUGAUCGGUGUUUGGCCUGUAGGCAUCUUCACCUGCUCUAUAUCCGCCUUG